UCAUUGGCAAGUACGGGUAAGGGGAGGGGCGGGGGAGAUAUAAAUUCAUCGUUUUAAGAGUAUCUCCCUUGUCUUCCUAUCUCUCAACCAUCACAGCCAACUCACCGCAAGCGACUCCGUUUUAUUACGACAAAUCCAUUUUCCACACUCGAUCCAUCAUGAAGACCAGCACCCUCCUCCCGCUCCUCGUCGCUGUCGCGGCUGCUGCCCCGACCCCUCAACCCAACAACUUCGAGGCAGACUCCUUGCUCCAGGUGGGCAAAGAUGGAGAAUCUUCGUACGCUACGAAGCGAGCCAACUUUGAGGCAGACACCCUACUCCAAGUAGGCAACAAGGGGGAGUCCUCCUACGCCACUAAGCGGGCCAACUUCAAGGCGGACCCCCUGCUUCAGGUGGGCAACGAUGGGGAAUCUUCGUACGCUACGAAGCGAGCCAACUUCGAGGCCGACCCUCUUCUCCACGUUGGGAACGAGAAGGAGUCUUCAUACGCGUCGUAAUGGGGCAAGUUCCGGAGCGCCUCAUGCACGGCACGUAAACACGCUGGGCGAGUUACUGGGUCUAGGGGGACGGCGGCGGAUCGAGCUCAACCUCGCGUCGCGCAGCUACAAGUCAGAUAUUAGAUAUUCAUUGGAUAAGAAUGAAUCUUUUCGGUGUUCUACGGCUUGAUAGAAGAAGGCCGACAAGUAGGUAGACAGAAAAAUAAAACGGGCAAAGGAAAGAGACAGGUGGCCCACAUCAGGCACGCUAGGUACGACGUAAGGGCUGCCUUUAUCAGAC